AUGUUGGAGGUUCAGCCGAGCUGGAACUUUUCCCACAGCAGCUUUAUGUUCCGAAUAUUUCCCGAGCUGCAGAACCACCGCUGGCUGCUGGCGCUCCCGUUCUCCAUCUCCUACCUGUCGGUGCUGCUGGGAAACUCCCUGCUGGUGUACGUGAUCCGCCGAGUGGAGCGCCUCCACAGCCCCAUGUAUCUCCUCAUCUGCACGCUGUGUGUAGUUGACGUCCUGGUGGUGACCACCAUCCUCCCCAACAUGCUCUUCAGCCUGCUCUUCGACUGGAACCACAUCUCAUUGGCUGGCUGCUUGGUUCAGAUGUUCUUCACUCACUUCCUGUCCUCCGUGGAGUCCACGCUGCUUCUGGCCAUGGCGUUGGACCGCUAUGUGGCCAUCUGUGAGCCGCUGCGCUACGCCCACAUCAUUAACUCCUCCAUGCUGCUGAAGCUGUUGCUCUUCACGCUGGUGCGCAGCAUCUCCAUCAUGGCAACCCUAGUGGGGUUGGCGGGUUCUCUGUGGUUCUGCGGCUCCAACGUCAUCGAGCAUUGUUACUGCGACCACAUGGCGCUGGUCAGCCUGGCGUGCGACAGCACUGAGAAGAACCACGCCGCCGGCCUGGCUGUGAUCGUCUGCUUCGUGGGAGUGGACAUACCCAUCAUCGUCUUCUCCUACGUGAAGAUACUGAGCGUGGUUCUAUGAGCAUCGGCGGCCAGCGAAGAGCGCCUGAAGGCGUUUCACACCUGCAGCACUCACCUGAUGGUCAUCACCUGUUUCUACCUGGUGGGUAGCAUCACCUUCCUCUCUCAUAACCUGAACAUUCCCAUUGCAACGGAGACCAACUCCUUGAUGGGAGUCAUGUACAUCCUGCUCCCAGCAACGAUCAACCCCAUCAUCUACGGUGUUCGUACCAAAGAAAUCCAGAACGGACUUUUCCAACUUUUCCAGCUCAACACAAAGAAAAUCCUGUCUGUCAAGGUUUUUCCUGGAAAAGGACAAACAGGACCAACCUGAUGGUCUUCACACUUAAUCAUUAAAUGCUUUUAAGGACUAAAUUCUUGGAUUAAAUCAAAAGUUAACCUCCGGAUGUUGCCAAGUAGAGUUUCAGUCCGGGACCCCCAUCAUAAAUCAUACAUGCAGUAUUUUGGGGCAACAGCUCUGUGG